AUGGAACAAACUCCUAGCUCAACGCAGGACGAUAUAAAUUCACCUAAUUCUAAUUCAACGAUAAGUUACUUCGGAUCUUCGCAAUUCACACCAUCACUUUCAACAACCAAUACAACUACGUACCGAUGUCCUAGUUUGACCACUUUUCUUCAUCAACUCAACUUAUCACAAUAUCAUCAUUUAUUUGCGGAAGCAGGUGUAGGAGAAAAUGAUUUAGAACAAUUGAUUGGAUUUGAUGAAGCAGAACUAAAAGAAGUCAUGUCGGCCAUAUCUAUGAAACCUUUUCAUUCAGCAGCUUUUAAGAAAGGUGUUAGAGAAUUAAGGCAAACUCUUGCUACAGUCAAUCUAAAUUCUAUAAAUAAUGAUGACUCAUCAACUAGUGAAACAAAAUUCAUUCAUAAUAACACACAACUUCAAGACAUCCAAGAAUCAUCUACAACAACAACCUUUGUUCAAUCUACACAUUCACCGUCAUCAGCAUCGUCGCCGCCGCCGCCACAUCUACAGCAACAUCUACAACGGAUUCAAAACAUUUCAACAAACGCCCUUAAUGUUACACCAGGAACAAAUAUGCCAGAUAUUAUUAAUGCACAAAGUUCAAAAGAUGUCAUUAUACAUCAUGCAACAAUUUAUGGUAAGAAUAGUAGAAGACAGUUGACAACAUAUGAGCAAGCGAUAAAUCAAGCAGCAAUUGAUUUGGCACUCUCAGACCCUGCGUUAGUAGCUAACAAAGGUGCAUUAUUUGAAAGGGCAAAAGCCAAACUUUUACUUGAAGGUUAUAAUUAUAAACGUGGACAAUCUCGUUCAAAAUUAAAUCCUAACGCACCUAAACCUGGUGUUCGAGCAUCCAAAUCAACAAUUCGUGAGAAAAGGAACGCACAUGCUGCAAUAACAAGUGAAAAUAGACAAAUUAACAUAGCAGAACUUGAACGUAAAUUAAAAAUCAAAGAAACACAGCUUGAUCUUGCACAAGAAAUUAGAGGUGCAAAAACACAACAAGGAGAUCAGUUGGGAUUGGAAAAGGCACAAUUAUCAUUGGAAGAGAUUGAGCAAGAAAGAAAUGAAAUUGCUAAAGAAUUGUCCGUUUUAAAAAAUAAAGAGCGUAAACAUCAAUGGUACGAACAAAAGAAAAAGGAAAAAAUGGAUUCUAAAUUUAGCGAAAAUGUUGAAACUAAUUGA